ACGUCAUCGCCACGGGCCCGCCCCUUCCGCCGGGCGGGUCUCUGGGAUGCAGCAAAGCAUCUUCUGCAUCCAGAACCAGCAGAACUGAACUCAGAACGGAUUCCGGAGCACCGAGCAGCAGAAACUCCGAUUACAUCAUCGUCUUCGUUGACCAAUCAGAGACGUCGUCGCGUGCAGCUCGGCUCUGUCCGUCCGAACCUCACAGGAAGUGGAGCAGGUUGUGGGUCAGGAUGUUUGGUGGUGCCUCAGAUCGGAUCCAGAGAGACCGGGACCGAGCUGGAGGUCUGGGCUCGGUCCAGCAGGCUGUUCCCUACCUGAACCAGGAUUUCCAGGCUCUGAAGGAGGAAUGUCUGCGGACCAGGUCUCUGUUCCAGGACCCAAUUUUCCCUGCUGAACCGACUUCACUGGGCUUCAAGGAACUUGGACCAUCAACUGCCAAGACCAGAGGAGUGGAGUGGAAGAGGCCCACGGAGCUGACAGCUGACCCUCAGUUCAUCGUGGGCGGGGCCACCAGGACGGACAUCUGUCAGGGGGCGCUGGGUGACUGCUGGCUGUUGGCCGCCAUCGGCUCUCUGACUUUGAAUGACCGUCUGCUGCAUCGUGUAGUUCCUCAUGGCCAGAACUUCAGUCAGCAGUAUGCCGGUAUCUUCCACUUCCAGUUCUGGCAGUUUGGGGAGUGGGUGGACGUGGUGAUUGAUGACCGCCUGCCUGUCAAAGAUGGAAAACUCCUGUUCGUGCACUCGGCUGAAGGCAGUGAGUUCUGGAGCGCCCUGGUGGAGAAGGCCUAUGCCAAGCUGAACGGGUCAUAUGAGGCGCUGUCCGGCGGCAGCACCACGGAGGGUUUUGAGGAUUUUACCGGCGGUGUGUCAGAGAUGUUCGAGCUGAAGAACGCUCCCAGAGAUCUCCAUCGGAUCAUCAGCAAAGCUCUGCAGAGAGGAUCUCUGCUGGGCUGCUCUAUAGACAUCACCAGCACCUUUGACAUGGAGGCGGUCACCUUCAAAAAACUCGUGAAAGGCCACGCCUACUCUGUGACGGGCCUCAGACAGGUGGACUACCGUGGCCGGCAGGAGCUUCUGAUCCGGAUCAGGAACCCCUGGGGUCAGGUGGAGUGGACUGGAGCAUGGAGCGACAGCUCCUCAGAGUGGAACCACAUUGACUCUGCAGAGAAGGACGAGAUGCUGUGUAAGAUGGAAGAUGGGGAGUUCUGGAUGUCUUUCCAGGAGUUCAUGCAUCAGUUCUCACGUUUGGAGAUCUGUAAUCUGACUCCAGAUGCUCUGAGUCAGGACUCCACCGGAUUCUGGACCACCAUGAUGUUCGAGGGCAGCUGGAGGAAAGGAAGCACCGCCGGCGGCUGCAGGAACCACCCCAACACGUUCUGGAUUAACCCUCAGUAUAAGAUCUCUCUGCUGGAGGAGGACGAUGACCCCGAGGACGACGAGGCCACCUGCAGCUUCCUGGUAGCUCUGAUGCAAAAGGACCGCCGCCGCUACCGCCGGCACGGCCACGACACACACACUAUCGGCUUUGCCAUUUACGAGAUCCCCGAGGAGUUCCGAGGUUCUCCCAGUGUCCACAUGAAGAAGGACUUCUUCCUGCGUCACUCCUCCUGCGCUCGCUCCGAGACUUUUAUUAACCUGAGAGAGGUGAGCGCCAGGCUCCGCCUCCCGCCAGGCGACUACCUCAUCGUCCCGUCCACCUUUGAACCCUCGAAGGAGGCCGACUUCGUUCUGAGAGUGUUCACUGAGAAGCAGUCUGACAUGCAGGGCAUGGAUGACGACAUGGUCGUAGACAUUCCACAAGAGGAGGAGAUCUCUGAGGGGGACAUCGAUGACUCCUUCAGGGCCAUGUUUGCUCAGCUGUCUGGAGAUGACAUGGAGAUCUCAGUCCAGGAACUCAGAACCAUCCUGAACCGAGUCGUGUCCAAACACAGAGACCUUCAGACUGAUGGAUUUAGCAUGGAGUCCUGUAGAGCCAUGGUCAGCCUCAUGGAUAAAGAUGGCAGCGCUCGGCUUGGUCUGUUGGAGUUUCAGAUCCUGUGGAACAAAAUCAGGAAGUGGUUGGGGAUCUUCAGAGAGUUUGAUCUGGAUAAAUCUGGCUGCAUGAGCUCCUAUGAAAUGCGUCUGGCACUGGAAAAUGGCGGUUUCAGACUCAACAACAAAUUAUACCAGAUGCUGAUCGCUCGGUACGCCGACAAUGAGGUCAUCGAUUUUGACAACUUCACAUGCUGUCUGGUCAAACUGGAGGCCAUGCUCAGAACCUUUCAGGGACUGGACCGGGACGGGACAGGAACUGUGGAAGUGAACAUCAUCGAGUGGCUGUUUGUGACGAUGUGCGGCUGAAACUACGAUGCUUCGGUUGGAGCGCCACCUACAGGACGUACGGCGGCGAGCGCGUGUACUUACCGGACCUGACCGGACCGGACUGGACUGCUGAAGUUCUGCUGUUGACAGAGUCAGAGAGGAUCUUCAGCUCCGCUUGAACAACACUAACCUUCAUAUUUAUCUCUGUAUUCUCAUCCUAUUGCAUGUCAUAGAUACACCUGGUCAGGUGAGACAGGAAGCUGUAUGUAAACAUCCAUUAUCACCAUAUAUAAACAGGAAGCUCUGUAGAAGAAGAGGCUCUGGGUCCUCAUCAGAACGAUCUGUUUCCAGUCUUCAGGUUUCUGUUUUCAUCUGUUCAGUCAGAUUAAAGUCAUGUCCUUCAAAGGCCAAUAUUUAUUUAUUUGUUUAGGUUAAGGAAAAAAGAAGCAGAUCUUUGAGCAUUUCUUUCUCUCUUCAUCUCAUAUUUAUUUUUCCUGUGAAACUGUUGGAGCAGAAAACAGAAUCUGAAGAUGAAGGAAGCACAUCAACCAAUCAGAAAUGAUGAAGCUGGAGUCAGAGUCAGACUCGCGUCCUCCUCUUCAUCCAUCAGUUUGCCUCAGUCAGAAGCUGCUGUAACCCCGGCCUCUAGAGGGCGCUCUAACUGUAUUUAUCUAUUUAUUCCUGAGGAGAUGCUGACGCUUGUUUCAACCCAAUAAAGUUGGA